AUGCGCACACGGCCCUGGGAGCCAGCGCGCUUUCUGGUGCUGUUUAUCACGGGCGUUUGGGGUGUGCACGGUGCUAAUGCGCAGUGGAAGCUCCAAUGCGCAGAUCCAGCGAUCGGGGAUGCAGUGGUAUCAUACAGCCCGCUGUACGGCCGCGCCAACAUGAGCGAUUCGGCCUGGAACGACCAGACGUGGGCGUUUGCGGAGUAUGGGCCCAUCACCGCCCUGGAGCUGUACCACAGCGGGAGCGGCUGGCACGACCCGUUCAUCGGCUGGCACGCGGGUGGCGAGCUCAAAGGCGUCCGCCCCACGUAUGGCAACGCUACCAAUGACGACGCACUGCUGCUCGGCGCGCGGCGGCCACACCAGCCGGCCUCUUUCGCGUUGCAGCCGGGCGAGAAGAUUGUGCGUGUGGAGCUACAGCAUGACAGUGUCAUGCGGUGGAUGGCCUUUGUCACCCAGCUCGGCCGCCGGUUCGAGUGGGGCUUCAAGGACCGAGAGAACGCAACCUCGGACGCCGAUUACGCCCCCCGCGACGGCGCCUACCUGGCGGCCGUCCGUGGUUACGAGGGGAAGCAGCUGCCCAAGGCGCUCGGAGGCUACAAAAAGCGGUACAUCAUCCAGAUCGGCUUUGCAUGGGCGAUGCCGACAUGCGGCGGCUACAAGUGGCGGGAGCCGCAGCCGGAGCAGCUGCAGCCGCAGCAGCAGGCGGCGUUUGUGAACUCGCUAUUUGACAGCCUCGUCAGCUAUGGCGAUGAUGGCGGCAGCGGCGGCGGCGAGACAGCCGGAAGCGUCGCUGCCGCGCCGGGGCCGAAGGAGGCGCAGGCAAGGAGCCCGGCGCCGGCGCUGGCACCGGUGGUGCGGCUGCCGGUCGCGCCGCCACCAGUGGCGGCGGCGCCGCCGCCCGCGACAGCGCGCGCGCCUGGGCCGUCGCCUGCGCUGGCGCCACCCCAGAUCAGCAUCUGCACUGCCCCUGUGACCAAGCAGCGUGCCUGCGGAGGCGACCCCGCGCGCCUCUAA